GCUGACUAACAGCUCUGAGUUUGCUGGUUUUAGCUGGUUCAUCUGCACAGAAAACCGUGUUUGUUGGAGAGCUGCAUGUGCUAACCGCGGCUAGCUUCUUAUAUAAAAGAGUUUAACCAUUCGGCUACUAGUUUAAUCUUUAUUAUAGUGUGAUUCUGUCCAGAGAAACACAGAGGACUGUGACUCCUGUUGUCUUUAUAAAUGACUCAGCUUGAAGCUAAUGGUUUAACGCUUGAAGUCGGUUGUUUACGGAGAAGCUGAACUUGUAUAAGUCACGGCAGAAUGAACUCCCUCCCAGGAAAAGCCGCUUUGUCUCUGUGCAGACGCGCAGCUGCGGGCGGGAUGAGGGUGCUGGUCGCCCCUCCGGGUCGCCCCACUGGGGGAGCAGCGCAGGCCGACAGGGCCGCUCUCCAGGCUGUCCGGGUCUGCCACUCUGGGACCAACCAGAAGGGCAGCGUGUACACCAAGAAGCGGGGCUACGACAUCACCAGGAACCCCCACCUGAACAAGGGAAUGGCGUUCACCCUGGAGGAGCGCAUGCAGCUGGGCAUCCACGGCCUGAUCCCCCCCUGCUUCCUCUCCCAGGAUGUUCAAGUGCUGCGUGUCAUGAGGAGCUACGAAACCCGCACCAACCCUCUGGACAAGUACAUUGUACUGAUGACUCUGCAGGACAGGAACGAGAAGCUGUUCUACCGGGUGUUGACCUCCGACAUCGAGGAGUUCAUGCCCAUCGUGUACACUCCCACCGUAGGCCUGGCCUGUCAGCAGUACGGCCUCGCCUUUAGGAGGCCUCGAGGACUCUUCAUCACCAUCCAUGACCGGGGACACAUUGCCACCAUGCUCAACUCCUGGCCUGUAGACAACAUCAAGGCCAUAGUGGUGACGGAUGGAGAGCGUAUCCUUGGACUGGGAGACCUGGGCAGCUAUGGGAUGGGAAUUCCUGUUGGGAAGCUGGCUCUCUACACGGCGUGCGGCGGCGUUCCUCCUCAGCAGUGUCUCCCUGUGCUGCUGGACGUCGGCACCAACAACCAGUCGCUUCUAGACGACCCUCUUUACAUCGGCCUGAAGCACAAGAGAGUCAGAGGAAAGGAGUAUGACGAGCUCAUCGACGAGUUCAUGCAGGCAGUGACGGACAAGUAUGGGAUGAACUGCCUGAUCCAGUUUGAGGAUUUCGCCAACAGCAACGCCUUUCGUAUCCUUAACAAGUACAGGAAUCGCUACUGCACCUUCAACGACGAUAUCCAAGGCACGGCAUCUGUAGCCGUCGCUGGAAUAUUUGCUGCUCUGAGGAUCACAAAGGACAAACUGUUGAACCACACUUUUGUUUUCCAGGGAGCAGGCGAGGCUGCUAUGGGUAUCGCCCACCUACUUAUGAUGGCCAUGGCUAAAGAGGGAGUGUCUAGAGAAGAUGCUGCCAAGAGGAUUUGGAUGGUUGAUUCAAAAGGUCUUAUUGUGAAGGGAAGAGGCAAUCUGAACCACGAGAAGGCUGAGUUUGCUCACGAACAUCCACACCUGAAGACUCUGGAGGAGGUGGUGGAAACCAUCAAACCCACCGCCAUUAUUGGUGUGGCUGCCAUCGGAGGAGCGUUCACCGAGAAGAUCAUUAAAGACAUGGCGUCUUUCAACGAGAGGCCCAUCAUCUUUGCUCUGAGCAAUCCCACCAGCAAGGCUGAGUGUACUGCAGAGCAGUGCUACAAACUCACAGAGGGCAGAGGCAUCUUUGCCAGCGGGAGUCCAUUUGACAAAGUGACCCUGCCAGACGGACGCAUCUUCUUCCCCGGUCAGGGAAACAACGCCUAUGUGUUCCCAGGAGUUGCCCUGGGCGUUAUAGCCUGUGGCGUGCGCCACAUAUCUGAAGACAUUUUCCUCACCACUGCAGAGGCGAUAGCUGACAUGGUAACAGAAGAGAACCUGGCUGAAGGAAGACUCUAUCCACCUCUAAGCACCAUCAGAGAAGUGUCCUUCAAGAUCGCAGUAAAGGUUGUCAACUAUGCAUACAAGAACAACAUAGCUUCAGUGUACCCUGAGCCCAAGGAUAAGGAGGCGUUUGUUCUGUCGCAGAUCUACAGUCCUGACUACGACUCCUUCACUCUGGAUACUUACAGCUGGCCGCAGGAGGCCAUAAAUGUCCAGGACGUGUAAUCAUUCUCUGAAAUCUAUAUACCACUGUGGUGUUGCCUACAGUUUCACACCCUUUCCUCUUUUUUUUUUUUUUUUUUAGCUGAAUAUUUUUAUAUACAUUUCUGUAAGCAUUGGACCCAUAGAUACCAAACAAUGAGUCAUCUGAGAAUUGAGAAUUUAUUAUUUUGGUAGUAUUUAUUUAACCGGUUGCUAAAUGAAGAUUAUGUUCUGUUCUCAAAGCAGCAUAUCAAAAAAUCCAUCGUGCCACUUGUACACAAAACCUUUUCACUUGUUUCUUUCAACUAAGAUGCUGCAGUCAGUAGUUACUGUGCAGCGUUGUGUCACAGUAGCUUGCAGUGCUUUGGUGUCUCGUCACAAGAAAACAGAGGAUUCAUUGUGAUGCCGUGUCUGAACUGCAGUCAAACAUCCCCCUCGGUCUCGGUGUGCCUGACUCUGUGACCUCAGGAGGUUGCUGCUCCAUCAGCUAAAAUCGUUGGAUCAUUCUGUCCCGUUAUUCUUCCUGUAAUACACUCUGCUCCGUUUGUUCUUGUACUGGUUUUUAUUUUUGUAUUCUAAUCAGUGUAUUCUCUUUUGGCUUUGCAUUGCUGUCAGAAUUUUAUUUUUAGCGAAGGACACUUUGUUUAAUUGUAAUCAUCCCCAUCAUGAUGUUUUUGUACGACUCUGGUGUUUGCCUUCAGUUCUGUACAAGUGGUGUUGUUUUUGUUUUUGCCAAAGCAAUUUAAGCUCUAUAUGUUUUAUUAUGAGAAAGGAUGCUGUGCAGGCUUUAGCACUUAGAGAUAUGCUUGAAGUUUUGGAAAAAGUACCAUGUACGUUUUUAAAUAAAAGUCUUAACAAAAUGUGGUGA